AUGCGCGACUGCCUGGCAGUGUUGCCCUUCCUGCUGUGGCUGCUCCCUGACUGGCUCUGUGAAACUGCGAGGGACUGCCGCUGUGUGGGUGACACUGGCGCCUGUCAGGCUGAUUGUUCAGCAGGCCGCCUGAAGAGAGAGCGUGCAAAAGUGAAGAGGAGAAAGGAAGGGAGAAGCACAGGUGGACAUCGUACGCAAGAGGGCGCCUUGCCACAACACGGCGGCAGCAAGAUGAGUGUCUACACAUUUUUAGAGAUUGACGUGAAUGCCCAGGUGGAGGAGCUGCGUGCCUACCUGAAGGAGGUGGGUGCGGAGAUCUCCAUGGAGCGGAGUCCCAAGGGGCUGGAAGAUGACCUACACAAGAUCAUUGGAGUUUGUGACACAGCGUUCUCCUCGGAGGCGACCGAGGCAGAGGUGGAGGCGCUGCUUAACUCGAUCGUGUCUGUGUUGAUUGUGGUUCCAGUUGGAGAGAAGACAGAGAGCUUGAUCUUGGCGUUUUGUGAAAAGCUGGCCAAGGCUCCUUCUAACAGACUGGGCCAUGUUUGUCUCAGAGUCCUCAACCUGCUGUUCCACGCUCUGCCGGAAAACCUUGGGGUGCGGUACCAUGUCUACUACACUAUGGUACAGGUGUCAGGGCAGAUCGGGCAGGUGCAGGCCGUGUACCAGUCUGUGGAGAAGAUGCGCUCCACCCUCAACACCGCCCAGCCUCCGCCCUCCACCGAACAGCUCCAGCAGCUCCUCCGCCUCCUCCAUCAGACACUUCUUGCUAACAAACUGAGCGAGGAGGCCAGCAAGGUGAUGAUAGAGCUCCUGGGAACCUACACCACUGAGAACGCAUCCCAGGCUCGCGAGGAUGCCCAUCGCUGCAUCAUCGCCUCCCUGGCCGACCCCACCACCUACAUCAUGGACCACCUGCUCACUCUUAAGCCCGUCAAAUUCCUGGAGGGUGAGCUGAUCCACGACCUGCUGACCAUCUUUGUGUCGGAGAAGCUGCCGGGCUACAUCCACUUCUAUAACAACCACAAGGAGUUCAUCUCAUCCAUAGGCCUGGACCACGAGGCAAACGUGAGGAAAAUGCGCCUGCUGACCUUCAUACAGAUGGCCGAGAGUCAGUCCGAGAUGUCCUUUGAUCUGCUGAUGCAAGAACUCCAGCUUGGUGCUGAGCAGGUGGAGGGAUUCAUCAUUGAGGCGCUCAAGACCAAGCUGGUGAGUGCACGCAUGGACCAGAACUUGAGGAAAGUGUUCGUGACCUCAAGAGUGCACCGAACAUUUGGCAGGAGUCAGUGGCAGGCACUUCAUGACACACUCACUGGCUGGAAGACGAACCUGGCGCUGGUGAAGGAGUCCAUGCAGGCAAUUGUCACUGCUCCCAUUGUCCCUGCGAAGUAAAUAGUGAAUAGAACAUCGCCAUCGCCAGUUUUUGUACCAUUAUCUCACGGAUUCUGCGUCUUGGUCAGCUGAAUAAAGAGCAGAGGGUAC